CACCACACCACACCACACCACACCACACUUCCAGCAUCCAUCCAUCGAGGGGCAGCGCCAGAGAUGGCGACAGCGACUGCGUCCCCACCCCAUACACGGUCUACGAGACGCUGCAAUGACGCUGGCAUCCUCAUCCUCACCGCAAGGAGAUCUGGCCGCAGACAUCCUCCUCGCCACGUCAGAGUCCUUCAUCCUCCAAGCCCCGCGCAAUCCGUCCAGCGAUGUUCCAAACACUUUUUUUGACCGCAGCGAUACAUUGGCACAGCGGCUGAGCAAUCCGAGAGCAAAAUUGCAGCGCAUAUACUCGGGCAGAGAGGAGCAGGAGGAGGGGAGGCAGGAGCGCGAGCGCGAGCGCGAGCGCGAGCACCAGCACGAGCACGAGCACGACGAUCAUCUGCCCUCCUCUCGACUCAGGCUCGCUCCAUCCGUGCUCGAUCUGCACGCCCCUGGAGGUUCGUCCCGCUCACCCACGCCUGUUCAAGUCAUACGCGCAGAUGGCAGCGCCACGCCAAUCACCAGCGCCACACCAUGGUCCAGCGCAUCCUUAUCGAGUCCAUGGAGCUCGGAAGCGACGACGCAUGGCAUGGAAAGCGUCGCCAGCCCGGGUCUAUUGGCCGCGCGCGCGCUCUUGGCGCUACCUCGGCCAGGCCGUGUGUCACAUGACGGCGCUUGGCACAACGAUGUGGAUAUCGCGAGCCACGGGACGCUGGUCAGGGACGCAGCUCCGCCCGAAUGGUUCGCACACAGCUUUCCAGAGCUGGAUCGCUUGCAGGUGGACAGGGCCGACGAGCCGCAGAUGGAUGAGACACAAGUCGGCUCCUCUUCGCGGCAAGACUCGACUUCUCCCCGGACGGAUGAGACGCAAGCCGGCUCGUCUGCGCGGCAAAAUUCGAGCGCUCCGCAGGUUCGCCUCGCACAAGCAACAGACUCGCCUUUUGUGCCAACGCUUCGCUCUGCUGCUGCUGCUCCUGUCGCGCCCCAGCUGAGCCGGACGACAUCUUCCACCGUGCGACUUUACGGCAAUGCUCGGGCAGCCAGGUCUGCGACAGGCGACGUGACCAGGGAAAAUAUCGACGACCGCGACGACGAUGACGACCACGUCAGCUGGGUCAUGUCAGAGGACGACGUCGGCGACGGCAGCAAUGCGAGCAGCCUAGCAUCCUUGGCGCCUACCAGCACACGCACGCAAGGCGAUGCGAGCAGCUUGGCGUCCUCGGCACCCACCGGCACACGCUCGCAUAGCGAAGAGUCGCACCAUCGCGCACGCGGGAGAUGCUUUGCGAGGGAUGUUCACGUGGCCGGCUGGAGGACCGUCGGAAGCAGAGCGAGGGGUCACGUCAUUUACAAGGUGCGCAUCGAGACGCACGCCGGCACGUCGUUGACCAUUUUCAGGCGCUUUUCAGCAUUUGUCGCGCUGCGCAGUCAGUUGAUCGAGGCUUUGCCUCAACACGCGCAAGCGCUGCCAUCGCUGCCAUCACGAGGCAGCGGUAUCCUACACAAGUACGGAGCGCAACACCUCGAGGAGCGGCGCGUAGGCCUACAACAUUGGCUCACAGCUGUUCUGCUCGACUCAAUGUGGGGAAACGUGGAGGCCGCUCGGGAGUGGUGUAUUGACUGAGGCGCGUGCGCGUGCGCGUGUAAUGUAAUUGUAUGCAUUCGC